AUGAUGAGGACUCAAACGAAGGCAAGUAUAUAUUUGAUUGAUGUCAGUAUAUCUACCAGUGCCUCAGCCGAUCAUGACUUUGUUUAUAACUUGAUUCCUGGUGAAACACCCAUCUCAGAUUUCAUGCAUGAAGCAGCAGCAUCCAUUGGUGAAAAACAACAAGUCGACUCGGUCUACGGACACAUCAACAUUGAAGACAAACACAAGAAGAUAUCUGGUCAGACUCGGAUGUUGAUAUCAAAUCUUCUCAAUCCAAUUGCUCAGAAACCUCCAGGUCUUUCAGCCCAUUUCCUAGUCAAGCGAAGCAAAGAUAAAUAUCCACUUGUCAUCACGAGUUCCAACAACGGUGGAUUUCAGCUAAAUCAUGACUUGAUGAUUGAGCUUUGCAAGAAACACGAUACAGAGAAUCAACACCACCAUUCUGGAAACGAGAAAAGAAAACAGCAGAAUUUCCUUCUGGCUGCUCCGACUCAAUCUAAAUCACACCCGGAUCAAGCACUUCAGCCAAGUGAAUGUAGCAAGCUGGUUGCUCUAGUACUCAAGGAAAAUAUGUUGCAACAAUCUUCAAUCGCCAGAAUGCAUUGGUGGAACAUUCAGGUUCAAGCCAAGCUAUCGGAUGUGCGGAACACAUCAACACAUGUUGAUGUGAAUGCCCAGCUUUGUGUCCAAGGUGGUACAAUCUCCAAAACCAACCAAUUGAUCUUUGGGAAAUAUGGGACAAUAAUAAAGGACAAGAAAAUGUAUAUCGGAAAAAUCUUGGCGGCUUACGAGCAUGUUUCAGGAAAGCAUUGCUGGGUUGCUAGUGCCACUAGCCAAGCUAAACUCUUUGCAUCUCCACCACUUGUUUCCAAUCAGUGA